UUUGCGAUUCGCGAUGAGGAAGUCGCGUCCGGUGCGCCAACAGAUACCGAUAUCCACAAUUUUUACUGUGAAAAAAUGUUUAUAAAGCCAAGAGUGCAGCCGGAGCCCGACUUACACGAUAAAUCGCUGCGGGAUCCACAUCCUGCCAAAGGCGGCGCAAAGCAAAAGGCUAAUAGCGGCCGCUGGCCACGGACUAUGGGCCUGCUCUAUGUGUACACAAUUAUGUCUCUUAUGGUCGUCAAGGUCGCAUCAACAGCAGCCUUAUAUCAACAGCAGCAACAGCAGCAGCAGCAGCAGCAGCAGCAGCAGUUACUCAACCAGAUUGAGGGCCAGACGCUGUCGGAGACAACGCCCAGCACUGAAAGUGACGACAACUCGAGUCAAGAGGCGGAACGUUUAAACAUUGAGAAGAUGCGUGCCAAGUUGCAGCAAUUGCAGCACGAGCAGCAGCAGCAAUAUCGUCUGCAGCAGCAGCAGAUGCAGCUGCAUCUGCAGCAAAUGCAACAGCAGCUCCACCUGCACGCCAACGAUGUGGAGGAUCUGGAGGUGGAGAGUGGCACAGGUGGUGCUAGUGGUGUUGGUGGUGGUGCUGGCGAAACUGCCUACUUAUUGGAGCGUGCCGACGAUGUUGCGCCCAUUUACGGAACAUGGCGCACGAAAGCGAGACGACCCCAGCCGCCAGGCGUCGGCAGCAGCAGCAGCAACGGCAACAGCAACGGCAACGGCAACGGGCUGCAGCACGCAACGCCUGAUGAUGGCGACGCUGGCGAUAAUCAUCUGUAUGAGCGGCUGCCUAAGCGAGCCGUCACCAUGACGCCGCUGCGUGAUCUUUUGCGCGAUCAGCUGCCCCGCCCACCGCGCCUCUCCACGCAGCGGCCGCCCUCAUCGGCGGCGGCGUUGCUGCGGCGCCAAUACUCCGAGACGCCAGGCACGCUGGCUAUGCGCGAUGAUUACAAGCCGAAGCCGUUUCACUUUCCCUUCGACGGUCCGCUGCCGGAGCAGUUCAAGAAGGGCGAGGCGGAGCGCCUGAACAACAUCCAGGACAUCUUGCACAACAUGCACAUCAACAAUCCGCUGCCCAGCAAGAUGCCCGGCCUGGUCAUGAUGCCCACCGGGCUGCACAUUGCGGGCAGCUACAAGAACCUCAAGUCCAGUGGCAUAGCCAACUUCUUUCGGGGCAAGCGCAGCAAGAAGCAGAUGCAGUUCAGCAUUCCGCUGCCCAUGUUUCCCAUGGGCGUGCCGAUGCCCCUGUACCCAGGUGCGCCACAUCAGCGCGUAGCCAUCGAGCAGCUGUAUCCAUAUAAGCCGCGCUCCCCACAGGACAUCAAUUUGCUGGCCCUGCAGCAGGCGCCCGUUAGCAAGCCCAGCUCCAAGAAGAAGCACAAGAAGCAGAAGCAGCAGCAGCAGGAGCAGAGCAACUACAACAACAUGCUGCUGGAGCACGGCAGCCAGCAACACUUCUUGGUCGACCCAUUUCUGCAGAGCUUUCCGCCCAUCAUAGCGCUGAAUGCGACGCGCCAGCCGCAGCACAAGCGCAUUCCCUUCAAGGUGAACCUGGACAUCUACCCGGUGCUGCCACCCUCUAGGCCCACGUCCGUGCUGCGCAGUCCCUACCCGAGCGACUACGCAGUGCCCACAGCCGGUGCGCUGGCUGCCUCGCCGGGCUCCAUCUAUGCGCAGCCGCAGCUGCAGCAGAGUCUGUACCAGACGUCCUUCAAGUUCCCCACGCAGCCGCCCAGCCACCUGCCCAUGAUCUUUCCCGAUCAGUCCAUCCGCUACAGCCAGCAGCAGGCAGUCUACCAGUCCGGCAAGUAUGCGCCGCAGUCCCAGCAGAACGAUGACUGCGUCUAUGGCCCAGCCGUGAGCAGCAGCAGCGGCAAUGCCAAUAGUGGAGCCGUGGAGAGCAGCAGCAAUCAGAUAAUGCUGCAUCUGAAUGUCUUUCCCAAGCAGAAGCCUUCGCCAGUGGUGCGCGCCUCCACCAAUCCCUUUUACAAUCACAACUUUUCGGGCUUGCAGCGCAAUACUUUCAGCGCCAGCGACCGGGAGCAGCCACUGCCCAAGCCACCGAGUCCCGUCGAGCCGCGACAGCAGCAGCAGCAGCAGCAACAACAGCAGCAGCAGCAGCAGCAGCAGCAGCAACAACAGCAGCGGCAGCAACAGCAGCAACAGCAGCAGCAACAGCAGCAGCAGCAGCAGAACCACACUCAACAACAACAGCAACAACAACCUGUAAAUCAACCGAUUUCACGCAGCGACAAUCUCUCGCUCAUUGACUUUGAGCAUCCCAUUGUCGCAGCCGAGGUGCCGCAGCCGCCCCAAUUACCGCAACCUGCUGCAUUCACCGGCCACCCAGCUCUGUCCUCCAAUUAUGGAGGACGUUACAGCGUUCAAGGCGAACAUAUUCGCUAUCACAAGAAUCCCGAUCAACUGGCUGCCGAGGCACAAACAGCUUCGCUCUUUCGCUUUCCCGUUGAGGAUCUGAUACAGUUCCAGGUGGAUGAUGCGCUCUAAAUCGUUCUAG